AUGAGGCUGGUUGUGCUGUCUGAGGAGCAGAGGUGGGCUGUCCUGGAGAAGUGCUACAACAACCCUGGUACAGGGAACCAUGGGGGCAUGAGAGCGACCAUGGACAGGGUUGUUGUGGGGUCCUACUGGGAUAACAUAAAGGCAGAUGUGGCAGAUUGGGUCAAAGAGCCAUGGGAGGUGGUCGGUAUGGAUCUCAUUGGUCCACUGAAAAACAACAUGAAAGACCAUCAAUUUGUCCUCACGGUGACAGACCUGUUCACCAAGUGGGUUAUCUCUGAGCCUUUGAAGUGUGGCUCCAGCACUGAGACGGCUGAGGCGCUUGUGUCAAAGCUCUACACAUUUGGUAUGGUCCAGAAAAUCAUCACUGACAGGGGCCGUGCAUUUGUUAACAAGCUUAAUGCACACAUAUUUGUAGCGCUGAACAUCAAGCAUGCCAUCAAAAGUGCAUACCAUCCCCAGUCAAACGGCCAAGUACGUAAAAACAUUGAAAAGGCAGGGGACGAGGUCCUAAUUGGGGAGCUGAAAAAGAAGGUGAGGAAAGGAAAUUGUUUGCAGGACCUCCAUCAAGGGCCAUUCACCAUCACAUCCCUGACAGAGAAGGGUGUGGCAAGCGUCGCUAUGUUAGGGAAAAAGCAGAAGGUGAAUGUUGCACAGCUAAGGCCCUACUUUCGGCCACAAGAUCAUAGCCAUACUGAGGGCAGCCAAGUGGACUACCAGUAUGCCAAUAAAGGUCCAUUGUGGUCCAAGAGGUUGUGUCCACAGCAAGAAAGUGGUCUCCGGAGGAUCGAGAGAGCUGUGAGCGGGCACACACCAGCUCACCCUACCUCUCCUCUAUCGCCAGCGGGUGUUCUGAGGAGUCCGAGCCCUCCACUGAGGAGACCGGACCACCAGCACCCUCAUCGGAGUCUGCGCUCUCAGCAGAGGAGACCAGACGACCGUCACCUACAGCGAGCUCAGGUCAGUGUCACACACACAUACUGUAGAUGUUUAUGCUGUCGAAGCAGACGCACCGGCAGUCUCACCUCUUUCGCUUCGCUGCCCCACCGCGGGUACUUCGGUAGUGUCGUUAAUUCUCCUCGUACGGUGCCUGGGUGCUUGGCUUCAGUUCCCAGCCCGUUUCGUUGGGUUUUACGCACGAUCCGCCUCGGUUACGAAAUACAAUUACCGGCACACCCCCAAAAUUCUCGGGCUUUUAUUUCACUAUAGUGAAAGUGUCCGAUGCACAUGUACUGCGUGCAUAAGUCGAUGUCCUGCUGGCGAAGGAUGUAUCUAGCCGGUCCCUCUUACCGAGAUGAUGAUAGGGUUUUUCCAGCCUUUAUCUCAUAGUACCCAAAAUACGCGGCGGGUUACGAUCGAUUUGAUUUACGCACCGGCUCUACAAAGGUGAUCUUUUUGGAUGAUAACGCCGAGGCUCGUAUUUCAAUAUUCAGAUCGGUUUGCAGCCUUAGACCUGUAAGACGUGUACUUUAUGUGUCCAUCUCCCCUCGCCUUAGACCGUUUUUUCGCUCUGCGUCGUGGGGUGGGCAUAUUAAUAUUAAGUACACCAUUCGAGCUGUCUCUCUCUCUCCGUGUCUCAGUGAAAGUGCUAGUCACGGCAUUAAAAUAUCAGAGAGAGAGCGUUGUUCGCAUUCUGCUUUUAUUUACGUUGAGUUAUAAUAGCCCGUUCUUGGCAGACGUGCGCGAACACAGAGAGUUAAUGCUUUGGCAUCUCGCUUGUUUAAGUCAUCAGGUCGACUGGGAAAGAGCAACUUUGCCCCGUGCAGAGGAUCCUUUUUCUCAGUAUGGAAUUAGACUCGAUCGACUAAUUGGCGUGUUUUACAAGACCGCGCAACCAGUCAGUUCUGAAUUGCCUCGGCUUAAUUCGAGGGAAGUACGCGGUCCCUCUGAAACAAUUUCAGAAGCUCCUGGACAUAUGACAGCAUGCUGCGGCUGUGACACUGCUCGAGCUGCGUAUGAGACCGCUUCAGCGUUGGCUUUACGAUCGAGUCUCGAGGAGAGCGUGGCGCACCGGCAUACACUGUGUAAACACUACACCUGCGUGUCAUUUCAAUUUUACCCCGUAGUAGACCCAGCAUUUCUGAUAGCAAGAUAUGCCUCUGAGGGUUCUCCUGGCAUUCUGUAGCAUGCAAUGCCCUAAGCACGGGAUGAUCAGGGCCGUAUGACGGGGUUGCAGUCUCUGGGGUGUGCAUAGCACCCCAACUGCCGCGAGCGGUGCGCUGUAUAUCUGGGACUUGUACGCUCCGCUAUGGAGAUGCGAGGGAAGGAUGUAUUAGUCGACACCGACAACAUUGCGACUGUUGCAUUAUUUACCGUUAAGGCGGUUUUGCGCUCUCGUCACCUGUCGCAUCUCGCUCGUCAUCUCCUCCUUUGGAGUCAGAAGCAUUUGAGGUCGCUUCGUGCCAUUUACAUCCCGGGUUUGCUCAAUACAGCGGCAGACGCGUUCCCCAGCUGCGCGCCCCGGCGAAUGGCGACUCCACCCCCAGACGGUCCAGCUAAUUUGGAAGAAGUUCGGUUGUGCGUAGAUAGAUCUGUUUGCGUCGCCGGACGAUACCCAUUUAUUCACUAACCGAGGGCAGCCUCGGCGUGGAUGCGUUGGCACACAUCUGGCCGGAGGGGUGCGUAAAUACGCAUUCCUUCCAGUGAGCUUUAUUGCGCAGACACUGUGCAAAGUCAGGCAGGACGGGGAGAGCCUUUUAUUAAUCGUCCGUACUGGACGACCAGGAAUUGGUUUUCAUAGUUAAUGCUCCUCGCGACAGCCCUCCCUGGCGGAUUCCCCUGAGGAAGGACUUUCUUUCUCAAGGUAGGGGCACAUUUGGCACUCGCGCCCCGACCUGUGGGAUCUCCAUGUAUGGUCGUUGAGCGCGCGCUAGGUUUAGGUGAUUUAUCGCAAGCGGUAUCUAACACCAUCGACGCGGUUCGAGCACCGUCCACAUAGGUUAGAUGGUAGGCUGUCCCUCCGCCAUUAAAGUUGAUAUUGCUGCUAUUUCUGCUCAUCACUCACUGUCUACGGCAGAUCAGUUGGCCAGCAUGAUUUAGUUAUUACAUUUUAAGAGGCGCUCGCAGGCUAAACCCCUCGCGCCCUCCCUCUUUCCUCCUGAGACCUGUCCAUGGUGCUGAAGCCUUCAGGUCUCCCAUUUGAGCCUUUUGCAGUCUGCGAGUCUGAAGUUUUUAUCAAUGAAAACUCUGACCCUGCUAGCAUUGGCCUCCAUGAAGAGAGUAGGGGAUUUACAUGCAUUCUCUGUUGACGAUUCGUGCCUUUAGUUUGGUCCUGCUGUCUCACUGAGACCCAGACCAGGCUACGUGCCCAAAGUUCCCACCACUCCCUUCAGAGAUAAGGUGGUGAGCUUGCAAGCGCUGCCCCCGGGGGACGCAGACCCAACCAUGGCUUUGUUGUGCCCCGUACGCGCACUGCGACUCUACAUGGUUUGCACGCAAAGCCUCAGGACCUCAGACCAGCUCUUUGUUUGUUAUGGUGGCCAGCAGAAAGGGAAAGCUGUCACUAAGCAGAGGAUGUCUCAUUGGAUAGUUGAUACUAUCGCCCUGGCUUAUAAUCUUCAGGGUAUUUCUUGCCCCUUUAACUCAUUCCCCGCCAUUGAUGAGUUAUUCUGUCAAUUAUGAGUUUAUAUUUAACUAAUAAAUAUGUCUUUCUGGACGAAUUUCAUAGUGAAAGUGUAAUACCGCUUUUAUCCACUGGAUGGCGCCAAAACCGAAUUUAUCAAUUCGGAAGUUAAAAAGAUUUCAUGAUUUAUUUUAACUGCCUUUAUGUUUGAUAGUCAUUCUCAGUCUGAUAUCUAACAUAAAUUUGUUUACAAAAACGCAAUUUUUUAAGCUUUUUGCUCAAAUGUUGUAUUUUUGAAGAGAAAUAUCCAUAUUUCAGUGGUCAAAUUAAGUGGAAAAAGUAAAUAUAUAAUGAAAGUUUUUUCCCCAUUUUGUUUGUUUGUUUAUUGUUUGUUUGAAAGCAAAGGGUGUGUUCUUUAAUUUGAUAUAAUUUGUAUGUUUAUAUAUUUAUAGAAGAUAAUUUUUCCUGCAAGGAAUUUUGUGAAACUUUUGUUAAAAUCACAAAAAUGCAGGUGGGCAACUUUUCUCAAAAAGGCUGGCGGUGAAUGAGUUAAUUUGAGAGCGCACUCCACACCGAGUGUUGCCUCAUUUUGGGCUGUCACUCGUGGUUCCUCGCUACAGACAUCUGCAGAGCUGCUGGUUGGGCGACACCUAAUACGUUCAUUAGAUUUUACAGUGUUCGUAUCGAGCCUGUAUCCUCUCAUGUUCUUUCCUCACCAGGGAGGGCACGGAGAGCAGACUCGCAGGUCGGCUUGCAGCCUCCGACUGAGGCUCCAAAUUGAGUUUUCAGUAUGGAAGGCCAUCAGAGCAAAAAUGCGUAAUGGUUUGAAUUGCUCUUCCUCCACUGCCUUGGCAGCCUUUGUUGCGGAGCAUUGACUUGUCAGCCUUCACUAGCUGUAUUCUUACGAACCUACGUGUUUGGCUUAGGCUCCACAUUUUGUCCCAUCGGGUUCCUUUGUGAGUAUUAUUCCGUGGGGUUAAUCCUACCAGCCCACGUUUCCCUUAGCAGAGCACUGCUUAGCUUACACAGCCACGGCUGUCCUUAUUACUGUUUAUUAGUCCACCAUUAGCCCUUAAGAGGGGCGGUGGCUUCCGCAGCGUCCCUAUACCGCUCAGAUAGGGCGCUUCCCAGUCGCUGGCACUACUGUGGGGUUAAAGGAACAUCUAGUGCCCGGCCUUCUGCCUUAAAACCUAAUUCUCCUUCUCCUUAAGUGGAACCGGAGGGCUUUACGCAGACACUGGAAGAGGUCAGCCCUCAGGGGCAUAUUGGUAGGGAUUCCCAAUUCGUCGGUCACAACGUGACGUCGUAGUGACCGACUGAAAGGGAACGUCUCGGUUACGGAUGUAACCCUCGUUCCCUGAAGGAUGGAACGGAGACGUCACGUCCCGUCGCCACAGGGCUGCUCCCUGCUGUUUAUCGACCGGUCACAUUUUCCCGGCUUUCUCAGCGAAAAGAAGCUAAUUUCCCUAUUUGCACCUGCUGCUUAUAAAGG